AUGAGCAAGAUAAAGAUUCAGAAGAUGACUUGGGAACCGAAGAAUUGGAGGACUCAGAAUAUGAAGUGGAAAAAUAAUACAACACAUGUGGAUGAGUUGCGUUAUGAGAACAUGCAAUUUGAGGAUACGCCACAUGUAGAGGAUGAUAAUAUUUUUCAAGAAAAUGUUGCCUUCGAAGAAAACAUGAGAUGUGACAAAGUGCCAGCUAUCAACGUGCAAUGUGAUGAGCCUAACUCUAACAAUCCAACUGCUCCAAACAAGGAUGAAAACAUUCUACAUGGAUCAGACAUGACAGAGCUACACAAUUCAAGUGGAGAUAUAAUUGUAGGUCAGGUGUAUGAGACUAAGGAGGAUUUAAAAACAAAGUUGGGUAUCGAUGCUAUGAAGAAAAAUUUUGAGUUCAAAGUGAAGAGAUCUAAUAAAGAAAGAUUUGAAGUUGGUUGUGUGGAUGACGGAUGCAUGUGGAAAUUGCGUGCAUCAAAGGUACGAAAAUCCUCAUAUUUCAUGGUUAGAAAAUAUGUUACUAAACGCACUUGCUCAUUGGAUGUUAUUCAUCGCCAUCAUCGACAAGCAAGUAGUUAUCUUAUUGGCCAGUGCAUUAAGUCUAAGUAUGAGGGUGUAUCACGAGUACAUAGACCCCAUGACAUCAUGGAGGAUAUAUGGAAGGACAUGGUUGUGAGUAUAAGUUAUGUGAAGGCUUGGAGAGCUAGGAACAUGCAUUGGAGUUGGUUAGGGGAUCAGCAAAGGAAUCUUACAUGA